AGCAUGAGGACCCCGGCAGAGGCAGCGUCAGCGGCGACAGCGCUUCUGGUGGCGGCGUGCGCGGUCGCGGCAGCAGCGGCGCCCAACGAGCUCCCAAGCACUUUCAAAUUAUGCCACCGAAGCCAGCCAGAUGUUGCUCAGUGCCUUACAGAUGCAUUCCAAUCAGCUAUACCAGAACUUAAGAAAGGGCUUCCAGCAUUUGGGGUCUACUCAAUAGAUCCACUGAAGGUAACACAAAUGUUGAUUGAUCAAGGAGAUGGACCAGUUAAUAUCAAAUUGGAUUUCACUGAUCAGACAUUCACAGGAUUUGGAGACAUCACUGUGAAAGAUGUAAAGGUUAACCUGGACCCAGACAACUUCCAUGUUGAUGCUAAGGUAUCAAUUCCCAAUUUGGACCUAAAAGGAAAAUAUCAAAUUGAUGGGAAAGUCCUUGUGCUACCAAUACAAGGGAAAGGAAACAGUGACCUGACAUUAAAGGAUGUAAUCUGCGAUGUAGUCAUGACAGGAGAACCAGUGCAAAAGUCUGGUGAAAAGUAUGUCAACAUCAAAGACUUCAAGAUUAAUUUUGAAACGAGCCGCCUUUAUCUUACUUUUGAAAAUCUUUUCAAUGGUGAUAAGGCAUUAGGGGACAACAUGAACAACUUCAUCAAUGAGAACUGGGAUGUGAUCUUAAAAGAACUGAAACCAGGCAUAUCUGAUGUUCUUGGAGCCAUUUUCCAGGAUAUAUCAAAUAGAAUAUUUUCAAAGGUUCCCUAUGACAAAAUCUUCCUGCCUUAAAAAUUCUUCCGGUGUUAUUCAUUCUACAAACCUAGACAAACUGGUGCUGCACCUUUGCUGAUAGAAAAAGACAGAGUUCCACUAUUGUGAAAUUUAUUCUAUAUAGAGGCGUCUGAUCAUUGUGCAUGAUUUGAAUAUUACUAGUCAAAUAGAGCAUCAUUUUGUAACCUUACUACGUAUGCAUCAUGUAACACAAAAGAACAAUGUAUUACAAAUACUUACUACAGUGUAAUGAACUAUGUAAUCCAAGUAAGAGAUUUGAGUUAAUGAGUGAAUGAAAAGCAACAAAUAAAUAAAUAAGCUGUACAGUACAA